CUAUUGGCAAAAAGCCCUUGACUGUUAUUCCAUUGCUAAUGCGAUUAAAAUUGCAGCUAGGGAAGCAAAAGAAAGAUUAAAUGUUUCACUUAAGGUUAGCGUAAUUUUGCCUACGAACAUAAAUGGGAAAGCAAGAAUAGAUAGCGCUAACUACGUGAUUAAAAAGCGUGAAGUAUUUGAACAGUUAGGCAUUUGCACUCAAUUGAUAAAAGUUUCGCCUCAAUACAGUGAGCUACAAAUUAAAGAACUCCUUAAAGGCUUAAGUAGUGAUCCUAGCAAUACUGGUAUCAUUUUACAACUACCAUUCCCGUCUAGCUUUUCAGUUAAUAAAAUUGAUAUUUUAAAUACAAUACCUAUCUACAAGGACAUUGAUGGACUAACUACAGGUUCAAUGGGCAAUUUAUUUGACUUAGAAAAAGGUCUAAAGCCUGCUACUCCGCUUGGCAUUUGCAGUAUUUUUGAUUACUACAAUAUUUCAACAGAAGGAAAACAUAUUGUAAUUAUGGGUAAAGGUCAGCUCGUGGGAAAGCCGCUUGCCUGUAUGCUAAUGGGUCAUCCUUAUAACGCUACAGUGACAAUCUGUGAUAUAUAUACAGAAAAUAUAAAAAAAAUUGCUAAAAGUGCUGAUACCUUGAUCGUUGCUAUUGGCAAGCCGCUUCAUGUUAAUGAAGAUCUAGUCAAACCUGAUGCUGUAGUAAUCGAUGCAGGCAUUAAUAGAACCCCAGCAGGAUUUGCCAAUGGAAAUGCAAAGAUUGUAGGCGAUGUAGAUCACUCAGUGCAUGAAAAGUGCAAAUACUAUACUCCAGUACCAGGAGGCGUUGGCUUGCUUACCGUUGCUUCAUUAGCUUUUAAUACUGUUAAUGCAAGCAUUUUGCAGCGUGGAUUGCCAUCUUUGAAUUUAUCUCAGAUAAUAAGAGAAAAAUAUUCAGUUAAGGCAGUUGAAAAAAAUAGUAUAUCUAUUAAUAAAGCAAUUGAAAAGAAGAAACUAAACCUUUUAUUGUUCUCUUCUGCUUACAACGGUAUGACACAGAGAAUAGAGCAUGGAUUACUUCGCCUUGGCCAUGUAGUAACAUUCCAAAUAGCCGACUCAGAUGAAGCAAUGUGUUUUGCUUUCGCACAGCAUAAACCUGACUUAAUUAUUUGUCCAACGCUUAUGAAAGCAAUACCUGAGGAUAUCUAUACCAAAGUAAAAUGUCUUAUUGUUCAUCCUGGAAUUAAGGGUGACAGAGGCCCUUCCUCAUUAGAUUGGGCUAUUCUCAAUAGCAAAGAUGAAUGGGGGGUUACUAUUCUUGAAGCUGAUAAGGAAAUGGACUCGGGUGCCAUCUGGGCAAGUGAAAACUUCUUAGUUCCAAAAGUUAUUGCUAAGACACAUUUAUAUAAUUCUCAAGUUAUUAAUACGGCAUCAAAGUUGGUGCUUGAAUGUGUCAAAAAGUUUCAAUUGAAUAAUUUUAAGCCUGAGUCACUAAACUAUGCUAAUCCUUCUGUGAAAGGCCGGCUUCAUGAAACUAUUAAGCAGACGCAUUCACAUAGACAAAUAAAUUGGGAAAUGGAUACUACUGAAAUUAUUUUAAGAAAAAUACGUGCAGCUGAUAGUCAGCCAGGAGUUAAGGCAGAAAUUGAGCUUGAUAACCAAAAAAUAACAAGAUUCUUGUAUGGUGGACAUUAUGAAGGAGCAAUUAACAAAGACCUGAUAGCUUGUCCUGGAAAAGUUCUUGCUAGACGAGAUGAGGCCAUUUGUAUUGCUGCCAAAGAUGGUGCAUUUUGGAUUUCUCAGUUGCGUUCACCUAAGACAAAAUUAAAUCCUUAUCCAUUUAAGUUGCCUGCCACUACACAACUAGGUAAAUUAUCCGAAAAUAUUUCUGCAAUUAAUCUUGAACAGGUUCUUAUAGCGCCAACUCUUGCCACUUUUCAAGAGAUAAGCCUUGAGUUGUUCGACUCCUAUGGUGUCUUAAAUUUUAACUUUUACAAUGGGGCCAUGAGCACUUCACAGUGUGAAAGGCUUUUAAAGGCAAUCAAAGAAUGUAAAAAUUUGCCUGUUAAAGGAUUGAUUCUUGCAGGCAGCGCUAAUAAUUGGUCAAAUGGUAUUAACUUAAAUGUUAUUCAAAAUGCUGCUGAUCCAAGCCUAGAAGGAUGGAAAAAUAUCAAAGCAAUAAACGAAGUAGUUAAAGAAAUUAUCGGGCUUUCAAAUAUUAUAACAAUAUCAGCAAUACAAGCUAAUGCUGGCGCAGGCGGAGUUUAUCUCGGACUUGCAACCGACUUUUCGUUUGUUAGACCAGGCGUUGUUUUAAACCCUCACUACAAAAAUAUGGGUUUAUAUGGUUCAGAGUUACAUACUUAUACUGUACCCAGGAGAGUGGGCAUGCUUGCUUUAGAUAAACUUAAAGACAAUGCCAGGCCAUUGCUAGCUGUUGAGGCAAUUGAAAUUGGUUUGUUUGAUGACUUGAUGGAGCAAAAACAGAAAAUCAAUUAUCAAAAUACAACAAAAGCUGAAGGGGAUUUUUUAGAUGAUGUUAAAAAAUUUAUGGAAACAUUUGUGAAUGAUCCAAUACGAGUUUCGAAAUUUAUUGAAAACAAGCAGACUGCUCGCAUGCAAGAUGACAUAGUUAGAAAAUUAGAUGAACAUGAAAAACAUGAAUUAGAGGAAAUGCACAAAGACAUAUUUGAAAACCGUCACAAUUUUCAUGAAAAAAGAUGGGCUAAAAACAAUCCGUAUAAAUUUACUAUGAACAGUUUACGGAAAGAAUUUCCCAUUUUUCAGAAACAAAAGAAAUUAAUUUAUUUAGAUAGCGCUGCUACUAGUCUAAAGCCAAAGACAGUAAUUAAAGCCAUCAACGACUAUAAUCAAAAUUAUUCCAUUAAUUCGCACAGCGAAAGCAGCGUACCUUUGUUUAAGGCAGUUGUUUUUUUGCCUUCUACCACUUACGCGCUUAAUAUUUUAGCCUUAUCUUUGAAAGUUCAUUUACAAGCCGGAGACCGAAUUUGUUUGGCUUACCUCGAACAUAGCGCUAAUCUUCACCCUUGGCAAGACCUUGCCCAAGAGAAAGGAGUUAUUAUUGACUACUUGCCUUUGAAUAAAGAAGUUACAAUUGAUAUUGAUAAAUUAAAUAAUAUAUUGAUAAAAAAACCAAAAUACAAUAGUUUAGGAGUAAUUAAUCCCAUCACAGAAAUUACUAAAAAAAUUAAAGAAAUUAAUCCUAAAUGCUUAGUUAUCAUAGAUGCCUGUCAAAGUAUUAUCCAUGUUCCUAUUGAAGUAGAAAAUGGAAAAAAAAUUGGACCAGCCGAAAAGAGCGCAGAACUAAACUUGCCUCUCUCCCAAAAAUUCGAAGUAGGAACCUUACCCUUAGCAGAAAUUUUUGGUUUAAAAGCCGCCUUUGAAUUUUUAGAUAAUUUUGCUUCCCAGGAAAUUUAUAAAUAUGAAAAUGAUUUACGCAAUUAUGCUCUUCAAAAAUUAAAAACCAUCAAAAAUAUAUUAAUUGGUACUAAUUCAGCUUUACGAACAUCUUUAGGAGUAUACAACAAUCGCAAAGAUAUUGAUAAA